UUUACCUUCCUGCCGCGAUAUAUUUUAGCCGUAGUUGAAUUGUAGUUGUCGAGAUGGAUUGAGCCAAAUAUGACUGCUAUUUUUCACAUGGCAGGGCAGAAAGGGACUAUAUAUGACGGUUUCAUGAGCGGACUUCACCAGUUUCUUUGGCGUCAAAAGAGCAGAGUGAGAGGUCUGAGGGUGAGCAGUGACCAUGGAGGCUGCGUUUCACACCCUCUGCGCCACACUUGGCCGGCUGCCCUGGUUGCUUCUGACUCUGUUUACAUCAUGGACAGUCAUGUGUUCAGCAGACACAAAGCAGACAAGAUGGCCCUUAUAUUCUCAGAAGCCAGUUGUUCUCGUCUGGAAUGCUCCAACUCAGGAGUGUGGAACACGGCAUCGUGUUACUCUAUCCUUGAAACAGUUUGACAUUGUUGCAACCCCCAAUGAGGGCUUUGUCCGACAAAAUCUCACAAUGUUCUAUAAGGAGCGCCUUGGGUUGUAUCCCCAUUAUGAGAGAGGAGGCAUUGCAGUGAACGGAGGCCUUCCACAGCUUGUCAGUCUCACUCAGCAUUAUGAAAAGAUGCCUGAUGAGCUGGAAAAGUACAUACGAGAGCCAAAAGCAAAAGGUUUGUCUGUAAUUGACUGGGAGGAGUGGCGCCCAUUGUGGAUCAGAAACUGGGAUACUAAAGAUAUCUAUAGAAAUAAAUCACGGGAACUGGUGGCCAAAAAGAACCCCACGUGGACUCCAGAACAAGUAGCCAAAGUUGCACAACAAGAAUUUGAGCUAUCAGCUCAAAAAUUCAUGCAAGGGACCCUAAAACUUGCAAAGAGUCUGAGGCCCAAUCAACUCUGGGGUUUCUACCUGUUUCCAGAUUGUUACAACCAUAACUACAAGGAUGACCUGAACAACUACAUGGGUCAUUGUCCUCCUGUGGAAGUGGCCCGCAAUGAUCAACUAAACUGGUUGUGGAUGGAAUGUACAGCUUUUUUCCCGUCAAUAUACCUGGGUUCGGUACUGCGCUCCUCAACUCACGGGCGCCUCUUUGUCCGAAACAGAGUGAAGGAGGCAAUGCGCCUGGCAUCUGUUGGAGAUGGAUUAGCACGUCCUGUUUUUGUGUAUACCCGGCCUACCUACAACAGUCAGAUGACCCUCCUAACUGAGAUGGAUUUGGUUUCCACUAUUGGUGAGAGUGUCGCUCUUGGAGCUGCAGGCGUAAUCUUCUGGGGAGACACCGCCUAUGCAAACGCUACUGGCUGCUCCACCCUGAAUAAGUAUCUUUUGGGAACGCUUGGCCAGUACCUCCUCAAUGUUUCCACGGCAGCAGAGCAGUGCAGCCGGAUGCUGUGUAAAUCCCGCGGCCGCUGUCUCCGUCGUGUAUCAGACAGUGACGUGUAUCUACAUCUCAGCCCCUCAACGCACAAAAUAGAAAGUCAGAGUGGGCAGCUGAAGGUGACGGGAGUACCCGGUCAAGCCGAGCUGGCAGCUUUCCGCACACAUUUCCGGUGCCAGUGCUACAGUGGGUACAGGGGCGACGGCUGUGAGCAGAAAGAAAAAGGGAGGAAUAGAGCCUCCUCUGUCUUAGGAACCUGGCCUCUCUGCCUUUUGCUCCCACUUGGUCUCCUCACUCUGCUUCAUUAAGGAAACCAGGAAGUACGCAACUAUUUGCUGCUUUUGCCAGUAGUGAAAGGGAAAGUUCACACAACAUGGUAAGUUACUCUAGCUCAGUGACAGUGAUGCUUUAGAAGCAGCAGCAGCAGCAGCAGCAGCAGCAGCAGCUUCUGUGGCUCAGAUCAGAGAUUCACCAGGGACGAUGUUUUAUCCCAGCACAAACACACUGAACAAAAGAUAUUCAUGUGUGACAAGCUACAUUGUGGGGUUUCUGGAAAGUGCUCAUGAAAAUAUUGUCCACUCAAUAGUGUUAUAACUGGUCCCUUAACUUUUAUCUAAUUAUGCCAAAAAACAGAACUAGCUCUGACAGGUGUUUGCUGUGGUACAAGAUGAGGAAAUAUUGAACCACACUACAUUCAGAAGAUUUGUUUUGUCUCUUGAGAAGAAAUCUUAAUUAAAAUAUUGAGAUCAACAAAAAGAUAAAUGUUUUAGUAGAUGUUGUGAUUUUAAUCUAUGAUUAACACAGAUUUUACUGUGAAAACAAGUUACGCCGGAAAAAUUCUUUUUUUGGCAUUCAGGUAAUGUCACGUCUGCCUUUUUUUUAUACGGUAUGUAUUUCAUUGAAAAGAUGCUAGCAUUUGAUACGUACAAAUGUUUUUUUUUUCCCAGAUCUGUUGAAAGUUUUACCACAGAAUUGCCAAAGGUUUGCUUUUCAGAAAACAAGUAUUUUUUAGUACUUUUCUUGGCUUCUUUGAAACUAAUGUAAUAGGGUUUGAAAAUGUAGGGUUUAGAUUAAACAAUAAUAUUAGUCGCUAAAAUAAAAGAUCAACAGGCUCAUAGACUCAGUAACAGCCGAGCUUCAGUGACAUCUGAUGUCUUUCUGUGCAGUUUGAAUCAUAUCCUGCAGCUCGUGUUAGGAUUUCUGCUGCUGACACUGUGCCGAUAGCAGUCGAUAAACAUGUUGAGAUGUUUAUCACCAAUUUAUUUCCAAUUCUGACGCUACCAAAGCAAUUUCAUAGUUACUCAGUAGCUUGUGUUUUUAGUAACUAAAGCUGAGUUGUGAUAGCAGUGGGCAGGUGUUGUUGCUUAAUAAUAGGAACAACUGAAUAAUGUUCAGAAGACAUUAAAGUAGUAUUUUAUAUUAUGUUGCUAUUCUUUUAAUUCAGCACUUUAAGUAUUUUUCCCUUGCUGUGGACUUCAUUCUCUGUUUUCUACUAAUGAUAAUCCCUGUUUACAAAAAACAGGGAAACUGUACUGUCAGUGCAUUUAGGGAGUUUUCUCCCAUAGUGUGUCAUGUUAGAGAGAUGUUCCACUGUGAAUGUUGUCCAAAAAGAAAAAUAUCUUUUUUUUCUGUCAUAUGAAAUUAAAAUGACCAAAAUCAUUACAACUAAAGUUUUAAAAACAUGAUGUUCAUAACUUUCCUUGUUUUGGUUUUGCUGUAUCGACUUUUGUGCCACUCUGUUUUGGAAGAAACUUUAUUUCAGUAAAACAGGAAAUUUAAAAGCCUUAUUUUGCCAACAUGUGCUGCUGUUUAAUUUUUUAAAAACAUAUUGGCCAAAGGGUUCUGUUUCUCAGACAUUUCAUAUUCACUUUAUACAAUGGCGAAUGUCAUUAUUAGAAAAAUAAAUAAUAAUAAAACAAGUCAUUUGUAUUUGUGUAUUAUUUUCUGUCUAUAGUCAGAAGCUGUCCCUGAUGACAUUAUAAACUUCUGAAUUGUAUGUUAUGUGUUCCAGCUAUAUAAGAACUAACUCAUCUAAGUUUUUAUUCAUUGUACAAACCAUUUUCAAAAGUGCUAGAACUGUACCAUCUGGUGAAAAACCAUUCAGAUGUACAGUUUCAUGGCCUUAAAACUGCUAAUACU